AUGCUUAGUUCAUUGGCACAGCGACUUCUUUUACCGUCUGUAAUUCUCAAAGAAGUUUUGAAUCGGACUUUUAGUUCAUCCACAAUGUUGCAAAAGUACUACGUGCAAAAAAACUAUUUAAAGAGAUGGGCUCGCCGAGACAUGAAAAGAAGAGAACUUUUUAAAGAAUUCGAAUUUGAAAGAAGCAGUCUCCGCGCCAUUGCCAAGUCAGAUAUUUUGCCUGCAUCUGUGAAAAUGCGAGCUUCCGAAGACCUGGCGAAUUUACCUCGCGAUAGUUCUAUAACUCGCAUUCGACAUCGGUGUACUUUAACAGAUAGAGCGCGAGGAGUUGUCAUUAAAUACAGAAUAUCUAGAAUAAAGUUUAGAGACUACGCAGAUAAAGGUCUUAUAUCCGGUUACACCAGGUCAUCGUGGUAG